GUGUUCCAUGAAAAAGAAUGUGUCUUUAAACGAUCGACUUUUCAUUUUUUUUCUCGCUCGCUUGUUCUCUGUCGCUCUGCCACGGGCCGUGUUUACAAGCAUAUCGGGAUUUCUCGCGGGGAAAAUAGAAAAAAAAAAAAAAAAAAAUAGAGGGGAAAGAGAGGAGAGGAAAACAGGAAUCAUAUUUUUCUCUCGUAGCUUCCCUUGCUGUUUUCCCUCGUUCCGCUUCGUUUGUCGAUUAGCCGGAUAACCGAAAUCGCGGCACUCGGGGCAUUCGGGUCGAAUUCGGCAGAGGUGGCACAGUGGAAAGGCUGUCAUCGAACGAUCGAGGAUGCACAAGACGAAAGAUAGCUUCGAGAUGGAUUACACGUCGUUCAAGACGGAGGUCUCGAAAAGUAGGAGAUCGGCGACCACCAGAGAAUUGACGAAAAUAGCGUACUCGGCGCCGAACCACGUGAUCUCGCUGGCGGAGGGUAUGCCGAACGAAGAAACCUUCCCUUUCACGGAGAUCUCCAUCAAACUUAAGGACGGAUCGUCUUUCACCCUUGACGAUCAAGAAUUGGGCGCAGCCUUGCAGUAUAUCCCCAGUCAGGGCUACCCGCCGCUUCUUCGGAGCCUGAGGGAGUACCAGAGAAAGCUGCACGCACCUCCCUUGUGGGACAGCCGUGACAUCGUGAUCGUCUCCGGAGCUCAGGACGGAUUAAGCAAAACUCUCGAGGCCAUAAUCGGACCCGGUGAUCCGCUGCUGGUGCACGAUCCGUUUUAUCCGGGCGUGGAAGUCGUGGUUUCGCCGCACAAGGCGGAGCUGAUCCCAAUCCCUCAGGAUGAGCACGGCGUAGACCCAAAGAUUCUCAGGGAAACGUUGAGGAACAGGGAGCUGUCUGGGAAGAAAAUGCCAAAAAUAAUGUACAUAAACGCGACCGGAUUGAAUCCCACAGGCACUGUUAUCCCGUUGGAAAGGCGGAAGGAGAUCUACAGGAUAGCAUGCGAGUACAAUUUCCUGAUCCUGGACGAUGACCCGUAUUUCUGCUUGUACUACGACGACGAGGUAGAGCUAAAGUCUUUCCUGUCGUUGGACACGGAAGGCCGAGUGAUCAGGUUGGACUCCUUCUCCAAAGUGCUCAGCAGCGGCCUCAGACUGGGUUUCAUCACUGCAGCGGCUCCGCUGAUAGCCAGCAUAGAGCUGCACUUGCAGAGCAGCCAUCUUCACGCCCCUACGUUAUCCCAGGUGAUACUCUACAGGCUGAUGAAACUAUGGGGAUACGACGGGAUGAUGAGACAUUUCACGGGGAUCAAGCGUUUCUACAAGCAACGCAGGGACGAGACCGUGUGCCUGGCUGAGAAACACUUGAACGGGUUGGCAGAUUUCAAGAUACCAAGGGGUGGUUUCUUCCUGUGGAUAAACGUACGAGGUAUCGAGGAUACUUGGAAGAUGCUGAUGCAGCGUGGAAUCAAGGAAGGUGUCAUAAUGGCGCCUGGAGGAGCCUUCAUGAAGGACCCUAGCAAACCCUGCAACGCUAUCAGGGCAAGCUUCGCGAAAGCUUCUUACGAAGAUAUCGAACUGGCUCUGAUAAGGUUGGCUAAGUUGAUCAGGGACCAGCAGGAGGAUAAUUACUUGUACGCGAACGGCAAUACGUACAUCAAUUAGUAUAAUUCGCAAUUUUGUGCUUUUAGCUGAAUAAUUUUUUACAAUUUAGUUGAAUACCAAUGACAACGAUAUCUCGUGAUAGUCUCGUAUCGAAUGUCGGUAUAGUAGAUACCUUCGUACCUAGUAUAGGGAACUUUUCGAUUGAUAUCAAGGUAGAAAGGGCAUUUCUGGUGUUGAUUCCUGGAAUGUCUCACCAAUAUAUUUCUCGAUUUAUCUACCAGAGGACCGUAGGAUCAUAUUUCCCGUUUCGCGUUAAUAUUUAUAAUCUCGUAUUAAGUUUCGUAUAAUACGAAACGGUUCAUUCGGGCUGUGAUCAUUUCGUAUCUCAUCUUCUCUUAAAGCUGUCAGUAUCUUAGUUUAUGCCGUAAAAAUGAUAUUUCAUCAUUUUUCACCGAUUGGUACAAAUAUCGCGUGUAUUUAAUUACCGUAGGAAUUCGUAGACGUAAAU